GCCACCCUCACUUCUGAACUGUUGCUGGCAGGGAUGUUGCCUUCAGAGCUGGGCAACGCCCAGCUCUAAAGCCAGUGCCACCGCCAGCAGUAGUGCAGAAGUGAGGGUAGCAGGGUAUGGGGGGUCAUCACUUUUUGCUGGGCUCCAGCUGCUAGUCCUAGUAGAGCUAAGGAGGGAUGGGACUUUCUCUUCCCUUGCAUGGGCUGGGACCGGGUCAGACGCCCCUCUGAGACGGAGCGGGAUUAACCUUUUGUGGGCCUGGUGCCAAACAUAUAUGCGGGCUCCCAUAGGGCCAGUGGAGCAUGGCGUGCGGAGGUUGGUACCUGGAGCGAGGGGCUGGCCAGGGGCAAUGGGAAUCCAUGCAGCCUUGUGCAAGGGCACUGUUUACAAACUGUCAGCUGCCAGAUGCACACCGGCUCGCCCGGCCCUGUGCUGCCAGUGUGCUCUUACCCCUUGGGGGGCGGGCCCAUGCUGUGCCGCCCAACACUCCCUGCCUCCCUUUGCCCAGCUCCCCAUGCUCAGAGAUCUCAUACAGACCCCUCUGCCCAGCACCCCCCAAAACCCCACCACCACAUAUGCCCAGCACCACCCCACAGCCCCACUGCAACUGCUCAGCACUCCACAUAGAACCCCCUCUCACUAGCACCCCAACACACACAGAUCUCCCACAGUCUCCUUCCUCACAGCCUCACCACCACAACUACACAGUGCCGCACACAGACCCCCCAAAACGCAAACAUCCCUCAGAGACCCAGUCCCCCAUGCCCUGCCCCAGCCGCACUCAUCGGCCCUGCUGGGAGGUGACUGCGUCUGCUAGGCUCAGCUGGCAAUACUGCCUGGGCUGGUCCUGGGGCAGGAAAUCACUCCGGUUCAGCCCCUCGGGAGCAGCACAAUCAGCCAGGCAGAGGAGGAGCAGGGCCUGCCUGAGCCGGGUUCCCUCAGGUCCUACUUGUCUGGAGGGGCCCAGCCAUGCCCCCCCCCCACUGUACUCCAUCCCUCCUGGCCAAGACUGGGUCAGCUUCUACACCAGUCUCAGAUGGCUUGGCUCCAGGGAGGCAGGUGGGGCCCCACAGGUGGUGGGCAGCAUAGAGUGCUGGGAUCCUUUCUGGAACUGCACUGGGGUCUGGCCAGGGGGUGGAGAGGAGCCCUUGGUCGGUGGGCUGAGAGGAGCAAGUGGUGGGAGAGGCCAGGGAGUAGAGAGGAGCCCUUGGGUGGCUGGUGAGCAGGCCAAGAGGAGCAAGCGGUGGGCGGGGUGAGGGGCGGAGAGGAGCCAGUGGGCAAGCAUGCCUUUGGGGUACAAGCAGGCCAGGGCCCCUUCUGAGCAUAGGCAUGGCGCCACUGGCACCAUUAUAAACGCGGCACUGCUCUGGGAACCUCCCCUGGCUGCAGGAAGCUCUGCGGCUGCGCUGUCUCCACCCUCAUUGAAGAUGGUGUAUCCGUGGAGCUGCUUCUUCUGUGGUGGUGGUUGCUUUAUUUAUAAAAGGGCGUUUUUAUUGCAAAUAGAAUUUAAGGAGUAUUUGUAACUUUAAGUACAUCAGGAAGUCAGUGACUCUGGUUACUCUUUACAUCAUAAUAUAGCAAAGAGAUUGAGGAAAUUUGCAGAGAGUCUAAAUGAUUUUUUCUCUUAUCACAGAAAUUUGUGGGAAAAUAUAUAUCUUGAGGAUAGUGACAGUGGAUUGCUGUCAGAAGUAAAAAAUUUGUGGAAAUCUUCGACAGCAGUAAGUCACUAAUACUGGUGGCAUUAAUCCAAGAAUUUUGAAACAAUUGAACAACAGCAAUAGCUGAGCCCUAAUUUAAAAACAGAUAUCACUGUGACAAUGAUAUGAAUGUCUAGGUAACUGUCAGGAUUCAAGAAGGGUCAGAGUCAUGGCAUGGAGAAAAUCAUUUGCCCAGAGGGAGUACAUAUUUUGUCUCAUGCUAUACUGGAAUAGGGGCUCUUGACUCCUUUGCUCUGUGUGUUAGGGGUGGGGAACAAGCAGUGGAGCAGUCCAAGUAUUGUUGCUCCUUUAAUAUGAGGGUAGGAAGCUGAGCAGUCUCUGAGCUGCUUACUACUUUUUUCAGGAGAGGUGGGAGAGAGUGGAGCGUCAAGAGCUACUGUCCUUUUGCAGAACAAGAGAGAAGGAGUGGUGCUGAUGCAGCAUCUCCUUUGGAGAGGAGAUGAGGGAAGACCAGGGAAGUGGAGUCCUUAAUGCCUUUUUUGAAGGAGAGGGAGAGCAAUGGUGUAUGUGGGAGAAGUGUUGCUGGGAGGCUGAGGGGAUCCUGCACCUCCCAGAGCCCUUCAAAGAGGCAGCAGGUCCCAGUAUUCAUUUAAUGGGUAGAUUUAUUUUAUCUGAAGGCGAGGGAGUGGUCUCAAAUUCAUUAAUGGUGAUGUGAGUAAAAUACCAGAUGUAAUGAAUUUAGGAGAGCCCAGAAUUCAUUUACUGUGUGUGUGUGAGUGAGAGAGAGAAUGAACUAGAUGGGUGUUAUGGUUGACUUUAUAAUAUUGUACAGUAAGUGAUUUAUGAGAGUCCUACCCCUUCUGAAGCAUUAUGUACAACCACUGCUGGAGGCAGGAUGCAAGGAUGUUGUUUUAUUCUAAUACAGUUCCUGUAUGAACAAUGAUUACUUAUUAAAAGAAGUGUUAUGUGCUGAGCCUGAUUUUUCUGAGGUGCUGAGCACCAACAGCCCCCAUUGAUUUCAGUUGGAGUUUUGGGUGCUCGAGACUUCCUAUAAUCAAGGCCCACAAAAUGUAAGAGAAGCUUAUGUAAAUCAAAACUGGUGUGAGCAAAGAUUAUAUGGAUACAGUGCAUGUUUUCCCUAAAAGUGUGACGUGUCCUAAAUGCAGAAGUUCAAAAACCAGUUUACUACAAUUUCAUGAUUUUUCUUGCUUUAUAAGUUAGGAACAUUACCUCACCUUGAAGAAGCUAAGUUGAAAUGUCAUCUUCUUUGAAAUUGAUUACUUAUCUUUACAGAACAAUACUUUAUUAAAUUAUUUAAACACUGAUGGUUAGCUCUGUCAUGUCAAAGACAGAAUCCUUAGUUUGCAGUUUUUAAGUGUCUAGUCUGGUGACCCCUUAUGAGUUCUUUUCUGUUGUGAUUAAAGGUUUGCAGCCUCAGACCCAAAAGGUCUCCCUUAGAAUGUAAAAUAGUAAUCAUACUUGCAAUGUGACUCUUUUUUUUUUCUGAAACAAGAAACCAUAAGACUUCCUUUUAAAAAGCUGUUGGUCUACUAAAUGGUUUAUUCUUUUUUUAUUCCUAGAUGACUGUUACCCAUUCAAACUUUAAAAAUUGCAUGUAACAUUUUACUAUGUCCAUUCAUACUUUGUUUAGAUUAUGUGAGGAAUGUUGUGAAAGGACUUUGUUUUUUUUCUGCAGCGUUUUUUCAAAAUAUUUGUGAUUAAUAAGCUUUUCUGUGAAGCUCAUCACCAUAGGACCUGAGAAUAUCUUCAGCAUUAACAAAUUAAGUGUCUGACAGAUCUGAAGCUCCAGUUUCCUCCAGCUGGUGGAAAGUAAAAGAAACUUCAUCUCCUUUCCUCCUGCUACACAGCUUCCUGAGUAUUGCUGGGAGGAGCAAGAGCUCUGUUACUCUACUCCUUCCCUCAGAACCUCCUGGCUGCUGCAAAGAUAUAGGGAAGAAAGAUAUGUCUGCUAUUCCACCCAUUCCCAGCCUCUGUUUUUUGGGUCAUUCUCCUCUGUGAAUAAGUUCAUGCUCGUUCUCCAAUGUGAAUAAGUUUGCUGUUGCUCAUAGGUGUAUGCAGUUGAACAUCUGCAGAAAUUGAUGUCAUUGGUUCCUAUGCUCACCAGAGAGUUUCCUGCUUGAGUGUGGGUGAAUGGAUUUUUGGAUCCCUGUAUAUUGACAUAACUAGAACAAAAAGUGUGAAUAACCUAUUUAAAUCUAAAAAUUUCAGUGAAACCUCUUUAGAAUUCCCUAACCUAAAAAUCUUGAGCAGUAAAAAAAGUACACCUCUACCCCGAUAUAACACGGGUCCUCGGGAGCCAAAAAAUCUUUCACGGUUUCACCUAUAACCCGGUUAUAUCGAACUUGCUUUGG